AUGGGUGUUCCAACAUUGGCUAAAGACGUUAACCAAUCUGAACUUGUUAAACAAGUUGCUGCCUUCUUAAAGAAAUCAGGAAAAGUUGCUGUUCCUGAAAACUCUGAUAUUAUUAAACUCGGAAGACACAAAGAACUUGCUCCAAUGGAUGCUGAUUGGUACUUUACACGUGCCGCUUCAUUGGCUCGUAGACUUUAUUUAAAACCAGGAGUUGGAGUUGGUGCUUUAAAAAGAUCUUUUGGUGGUAACAAACGCCGUGGAGUCAAACCAAGACACUUCCAAACUGCUGCAGGAGGAAAUAUCAGAAAGGCUCUUCAAGCUUUGGAAACCAUUAAUUGGGUAGAAAAAAGUACAACUGGAGGACGUCUUCUUACAGCUCAAGGACGUAAAGACUUGGAUCGUAUCGCUUCUCAAAUGAGAAAUAGAAAAAGUGAAUAA